AGCAUACCACAAACCACCAUGCCCUCCAUCAAGAUCUUUCUCGAGAAGCUCUUCUCGCUGUUCUCCUGUCGCGUCAGCGACGACGAAGACGAGACACCCCCUCGCCCUCUCGUGAUCGGAGGUCCUAUGGACUUCUGUCACGAAGAAACGAGUGGUGGUGGCCCUCUUCGUGCGCCAAUUGUCGGUGCCCCUGCGCCAUACGUGCGCAAGCACUAA